AAUUAAAGAAUCAGUUAGUGAGUUUUGGUAUAGUAGUAUAUCGGGAUAGUAAGGUGUAGGUGUCAAUGUUGAGGUACUAGGCACAAGGUAAAGUCGAGGUCGUUGACCAUCGUGUCAAGGACAGACUCUCAUUAUGGAAGCUAACUGUGCAGUAGUGGUAUCAUGAAUAGCAGCGGGUACCAGGCUAACUGAUACUGAUUGUUCUGUAGUACCAAUACACCGACUGGUCACGUAAGACUAAGAACUGCCGGUAGAACACCAACGGUAAAUCCAAGUGCUCAGUGAAUGAAUCUAGCGGGAAAUGCACUAACUUUUGGUGUUUACUGUGUGCGUACACAUUUACAAACCAAUAAUGAUGUAUAGGACCAGCAGAUUUGUUAUUGUGUUUUUGUGCAUUGCACACUUGGGGGUGCAGGCCCAAGAUGAUUCCCUUGCCGGCAGUUUUUUGUCAGGGCUCUUGGACACAAUCACAAGUACUGCAGAUUCAAAAGACUGUCCAGGCGUAUGCGUACACGCUCUAGCAGUUCUGAUAUGCGAUGACGUCUUGGAAGAUGUCGUCUGUCCAAACCCAUCAAUGAAAUGCUGCGUAGAAGCGCCACCCCCAAACACAACGCACAUUCCAGUAACAACGAAUUUUACUAAAAAUGAAAUAACGAUACCAGCCAAAGAAACAACAACUACUCAAGCAACUACUACACCUCCAACUACCACAAAGCCUACAACGACGACUACGACUGUUCCAACAACGACUACAAAAACUACUACUUUAAGUCAGGACACCGUAGAGAAAAUAGCAUCAGAUUCAACAAAUGAUAUUAAAAAUAGUAAUUCAUCAGAAAAAGCAUGUCCUGGUGUAUGCGUAGCUGAAAGAAUAGCGGACUAUUGUGAAGCAAUUCUUACCACAGAAAAUUUAUGUAAAACAGGAUUAAGAUGUUGCGUAUCAAGCGACGCUUUUGGUGAUAAACCACCACCAAAUCUAAUAAUACCAACAAAAACAAAAAACAAUUACACUAAACCAGAAGUUCGAACAACUCCCAAACCAACAACACCGGGUGUAACAACAUUAGCUAAACAACCUCCCAAACCAGUACAUUCAGAGCCCCAUCCUCAUCACCCUCCUCCACCUUUAAAACCAUGUAGUGGAGAAUGCGUUGGUGGACUGUUUGCCUUAUUCUGUGAUGACAUAGAUUCUGAAGCAAGUUGCCCAAAUGAAGGAAGUUGUUGUAUAACAAUACCACCAAAUGAAGAAUCCGUAGAAUUGAGUAUAACAAGUACAACGCCGCGACCAACAACUAAAGAUCCAGGUCCAAGAUGUCCAGGAUUCUGUUUGCUUAAUAUAAUGGCUGCUUUCUGUGAAAGACCCUCCGUUUUAAUUCCACACACAGCAAAUUGUAAAAGGGGUUCCGUUUGUUGUGAUAAUACUAGAGCACCUACCACACCUGCUAGACCAAAACCAAGACCUCAACAACCUACAACAACCACGACUGUGGACCCUAGACCUGAAUGUCCUGGAUCGUGCAUCGUUUCGUAUUUAAGUUUUACAUGUUUUAGAAAUGCCGAAAUGACCGAAGUGUUCAAAUGCAAAAAACUGGGUACAAAAUGUUGUGCUCCAAAGUCCCUUAUAAAAGAAGCAGUAGAAGUCAAAGACGAUAACAUGUCAAUGAAGAACAUCAGUAUACUUGAAACAAACACUGUUCCCCAUACAACACCUUUGACUACACUUGUCACGACUGAAAUAAAUAAACCACUUCCUACCACCACAAGAUCUCCUAUUUACAGUAAAUACGUUUGUGGUGUGAAAGGAACUUCUCGAACGGGAAGAGUAGUCGGAGGAGAAGACGGUGAACAAGCGGAAUGGUGCUGGCAAGUGGCUUUAAUAAACUCAUUGAAUCAGUACUUAUGUGGGGCUGCUUUAAUUGGUACUCAGUGGGUACUUACUGCUGCUCACUGUGUAACUAAUAUUGUAAGGUCGGGUGACGCGAUUUAUGUUAGAGUGGGAGAUCAUGAUUUGACAAGAAAAUACGGUAGUCCAGGAGCUCAAACGUUACGUGUAGCCACAACUUACAUACAUCACAAUCACAACAGUCAAACACUAGACAACGACAUUGCACUUCUGAAACUACAUGGUCAGGCUGAGUUGAAGGAAGGUGUAUGUUUAGUGUGUUUGCCAGCCAGGGGAGUUAACCAUGCAGCUGGCAAACGAUGUACUGUAACUGGGUAUGGCUACAUGGGAGAAGCCGGACCCAUACCACUGAGAGUUAGAGAGGCUGAAAUUCCUAUAGUUAGUGAUGCAGAAUGCAUUAGAAAAGUUAAUGCUGUCACGGAAAAAAUAUUUAUUUUACCUGCCAGCAGUUUUUGUGCUGGUGGUGAAGAAGGAAAUGACGCAUGUCAGGGGGAUGGUGGAGGACCCUUAGUAUGCCAGGACGAUGGAUUCUAUGAAUUGGCUGGUUUAGUUUCGUGGGGUUUUGGAUGUGCGAGGGUGGAUGUACCUGGUGUUUAUGUAAAAGUGUCAUCAUUUAUUGGGUGGAUUAAUCAAAUUAUUAGUGUUAAUAAUUUGUAAUUGUUAGUUUUACAGAACAAAAAGAAAACCAAAAAAUCUUUCUUAAUUUAAUAAUUAUUUAAUUUGUAUUAGAUUUAUUUUAUUAAAAUGUAA